UCCUCCUCUUCCUACUCCUCCUCUUCUUCAUCCUCCAGAUAACGAGCCUGCAGCUACAUGACUGUGGGACUCCUGUGUUUGGGUGCAGAGGGAGCGCAUGCCACAGCAGAUCUGAAGGGAGAAACUCACAAGCCGUCCCAAAAUGAUGGGAAAAACCAGUUUCGUCUUCAGCCUCAUCGUAGCAGCAUUGCUCUCUGGCCUCGCUGCUCAGAGAACAGCUUGCAAGACUGGCGAUUUUGUCUUCCUACUUGAUCGGUCUACCAGCAUCAACCAAGACGGACACAAUAUCAUGAAAAACUUCACGGCAGCAUUAGUCGACAGCUUUGAAGUCGGUGAAAAGUUGGUGCAUAUUGGACUUUGCCAGUUCAGUGACAAACCUAAGGAUGAGUUUUACCUCAACAAGUACUACAAUAAGGAGGAUUUGAACACACACAUCCUUGAAGUGGAUUACACAGGUGGAAACUCCUACUUAGGGAGAGCCUUGGAUCACAUUAAGAAUUACUUUGAUGAGUCGCGGGGCAGCCGUGACCAAGUCCCCAAAACUUUGGUGGUGAUCACAGAUGGUGAUUCUCUUGAUGACGUGGAGGACGCAGCUGACAUUCUCAGGGAUCGGAACAUUACAUUAUUUGCCAUCGGCGUUGGAGACGUCCACGUCCUGCAGCUCCUGCAGAUUGCUGGCACCCCAGAGAGGGUGUUCACUGUGCGGAACUAUGAUGUUUUGCACUCUAUCAAACAAAGGGUGCUCGACGUCAUGUGCGAUGACCCAAACCCUCCCCCAUCCCCACUCCACCAUUGAUAUCGCCAUAAGAUUCGGAGGAAGGAGCUACUUGUAGUGGAAAGGUUUUAUCUGUCACACUGAUGUGUGAUAUUUCUUUCAUAUAUUAUCCAUUACUGCAUGUUUUUUAUAUUUUCAUGACUUUAUAUGCAUUUACUUUCAUACUAUUCAACAUUUACUCUGUUUUCUAUAUUAUAUAAUAAUACAUCAGUUAUAGGGAUCCAUUAAAAGUGCUCAAUUAUCUUAAAGAUCAUGUAGCUGAUGUACUUGGCAGUACCCGGCAAAGGGCCAAUUCCCUGAAGCUACUCAGACUCAGCAGUAAAAUAAGCAGAAUCAGCAAGUGUACAGAAUUGCUGAGUUGACAAAAAUACAGUCCCUCCCUCUGCAUGCUCACCC